AUAGCGAAAACAUGCAGCUUUUUGGUGCUUGUCAGUUGGGGAUACCUUCGCUGUACUAAAAUUAUUUUUCAGCAGAUAAAUGCAAGAUAAGACAUAAAUACAUAGGAUGAUAGAGAAUUUCAAAUGCUAUCAGAAUAUAUAAUUACUUUUAUAAAAAGCAAUUUCUAUAGCGAUGAUAAAUUUAAAAAGUCAAUUGAAGAAAUAGUAACAAAAUUCGAAACGGUGGGAAUCCAACGAUGAGGGGGUCGUCAUUGCACUCAAUUUAUUUUUUAGCAAAUAAAUGCAAGACAAGACAUGAUUAUACAGGGAGAUAGAGAACUCCAAGCGCUUUCAGAAUAUAUAAUUAUUUAUUUUAAAAUGUAUUUUUAUAGUGAUGAUAUAUUAAAAAAAUCGACUGCAACUAUUUUUUUCCAGUAGGAUAGAACAAAAUUUGGAAUAGUAUACUGAAACUCAUAGAUGUUCAAUGUGCAGACGAUGAAUAUACUCUUUCAUUCUUCUCAUUGAAAUUCUACCUUUCUGUUCAUAGGUGAUAAUGUCAAUGACGACGAUGAUGAUCAAGACGCAAUAUUAGCACCAAUGAGCAAUUCGGUCUAUGAUUAUCCUGUAUUGACUGGCUCACUGUCAGAUGUGCAACUUUCAUCAAGUACUUCUUCAGAUCCUGUCUUAGAAUAUUAUGUGUUAGAUAUAGCUAAUAAUAUUUCGUCAUCUAUCGCUGACAAUAAAUGUAUGUUAGUGUCACGAAUGAGUGAAGGUGAAAAACAACUACAAAAGAUAACUGUUAGAAAACUAGAAAUGCUUUUCUCCACACAAUCUUCAAAUUGUACUGAAGAAAGACAUGUUUUAUGUGAAACAUCACCAAUGGUUGAACGUGGUAUUUAUGACUGUUAUCAAAAACCAUUCGUCAUGGAUUUACCAGCAUUAGUUACGAGUCAGAUGACACAUGAACGAUGUCUCACAACAUGCAAAGAAUUACAGACAAGUUUAGCUAUUAUUAGUAUGAAUAUGUGUUAUUGUCAAGCAAAUGAUUGGGCAGAAACACAAAAUAUAACCAGAGAUUUUCAGAUAUAUAAGGAAAAAUCAUGUGGGAACCCGUGUUCAGGAAAUUCACAUGAGAAAUGUGGUAGCGAUGAUAUUAUUGUCUUGUUUCAAAUUAUUGGUAGUCGCACAUAUUCAACCUAUCAAACACCAGCUGAACAAUAUCCUGAUUUCAUUUUUGAUAGUUGCAUAUCACUCAAUCAACGUUUGAUAUCCUCAAUAACUAUGCAAUUUCGUCUUCAACAACGUGUCUCUCCUCGACAUUGUUUAUCUUUGUGUGUGGAUGCAAAACAAAAAUAUUCUCUUAUACAGAAUCGAACAUGUCUAUGUACAGAUAAUAAUCUAAAACAGGAAUUAGAAGAUGCUGAAACAGUUACAGGACAGAGUUGUUCUAUACCAUGUGAUGGAAAUUACCUUUACUCCUGUGGUGGCGAGAAAAAUAUUUAUUCAAUGUAUAUGAUGCAACCAAACUGUAAUCACGGUUAUGAAAUAGCUGAGAACAAUGCUGAAUGUGUUUACAGUCAUUUUUCAACUAAAACACCAUCAUUUGACGAUGCACUUAAUUAUUGUUUAGCUAAUGGUGGCAAAUUAGCAGCAGUAAAUGAUAUUAUUGAAAUUCAAGAUAUAUUACCCGAUAGUAUGUUACAUACACGUUUAAUGAACUAUGUUCUCCUUUUCAAGCAAUUUAAACAUAUCAAUGACACACGUUAUUUCUGGUUAGAUCGUACACAAAAUCAGCCGAAAAAUAAUUCUAUUUCAGAUCGUAUUCUCAAACGAUGUAAUGGAACAAAUUCAACUGUGAUCAAUCUCGAUCAACAUUGUAUUGUUGUUAAAUUUGUGACUGACAAUGAUGGUGAAUUAGUAAGAUGUAUUGCAGAGUCAUCAGAAUGUGAACAAAUGUCAGCCAUGCCUAUUUGUAUUCAAACAGAAGAAGAAGAAACUACGGUAAUUAACAACGAUGAUGCAGAUACUAGUAAGGAUGAUGCUGCUCUAGCGGGUGAGCUACGUUGUGACAAUGAUCAAUAUCAUUAUGUUGGUGAUUAUUGUUAUUUAAUUGACUUGCAUGAAGUUUCGUGGGCAGAUGCUGUCAAACAUUGUGAAAACCAACAAGCACAGUUAUUCGUUCCGGAUAAAUCAGUACAAAUGCAAUUGAUUAAGUUUUUGUUAACAAUGAAAAAUACUUAUUCAUCAAAUGGUUUUGCUCAUGUAGGCGUCUUUUAUGAUCCACAAGAACAAACGGUUAAUCAAUUUUCAUCCAAGUAUGGAGGCCCAUUUGUUAUACCCGAUUCGAACUCCAUCUAUGAUAUGUGUGAUGAAACUUUCCGUGAAAAAUAUGGAAGGGUAAAUCAAACGACGUCGACACCGUUAUCGAAUUUAGCGAAUGUAGCUGGAUGUGGUUAUUUGGAAUAUGAUGUAUCUGGAACGUCAGUAAUUAAAUGUGAUGAUCUCAAGUGCGAGAGAGAAGCAGCCGUUAUUUGUCAAAAAUUACCUACAAUGAUUGCAUUUAAUAUCACAAGUGAAAGGUAGGAAAAACAGUAGAGUGCAUGAAAAUAAGGAAGUAUUAUAUCCCUAAGACUGUGUAUCAUACAAGAAUAAUUUAGAUCUAAUAAGCAUCUAGCCUUUGCACUAAAGUGGCUAUUUUUAACACCGAGUCUCGAUAAUUCUCCCUCUCCAUUUUUGAUCGAGAAUUAUUCAUCCUAAUUGAAGAGUUUAUUCAGAAUGCUUGCGAUUAUAAAACGGUCUUUGUUGCUCUUUCACGUUGUCGGGUUGGUUUUUAAUAAAAACUUUCUGGAAAAAAAAUAGUCGACCCACUUCCAAAGAAAAUAGCUCAUGAUUCAUCUCUCCACAGCACGUACUCACAUUUAAGACAUCGAAAUGCGUUGAAACUCUUUGCUAUAUAUCGAGUCAUCCUGGUACAUAGUCAAGACAUCUCUAAUAGAAGAAAUAGAGGAAAAGCAUCCUAUCAGCUUUAUUUCUUCUGGCGUUAUACUGCCAUAGUCUCGAACAGACGAUAAUGGCAACUUUGAGCGAGUAGAAUAAACCAGAUUUGUUAGUUACAAACCUAUCAGGCAACGCUCGUUUGUUUGGAUUGAUCCCUGAUUUCAGAGUACCCCAUCUCUCUUCGUUGAAAAUUUCGGAUAUUGAGUUGAGCAUGGCCUUAUGUAGAAGAGAGUGUCACAGUGGGCAAUUUUGGCUAGGCAGGCGGACAUUUGGGUUUAAAUGCAUCCAAUCAACUUAAAACUCAGUAAAAAUAGGUUUUUGAGUGUGCUCUUUCGCAUGGAAUACUUUUCAGAGCAAUAGG